GUGAGUGAGAAAAACCUACAAUUAUUUGCUGGUAUCAUGUGUUAAUUUUCCCAAAAGGAGUUUAACAAGAAAAGAUCUUAACAACAAAAUGCUGCUCUCAUAUGUUUAAGGAGAAUCGAGACAACAAAUCAAACUCCAUGAAUCGUUUAAAUAUUUUUCAACUUUAAAAAUCUUUUUAACGAUUCUUUUUAUUUUUUUUUUUAAUACUUUAUAAUUUCUUUGAGCUUUAUAAACAAACAAAUACAAACAAAACCUGCUGCUUCAGCUCCUCCACCUCCUUCUCCAUAAACACCAUGUCACUGUAUAGAAAAAUGAAACAUUUACACAGAAUUACCCAUGUAAGAUGGCGUUUAACAUCCUUAAGCUGUAGUAGUAGUAGUAGCAGUAGAAGUAUACCUUGGCUACAUUUAAGCUCAUUACUAUUAAUCCUGCUCAGUAUCACACACAAUAUACCCAGGCCCUUUUGUCCCUCCAAGUGUCAGUGUUUGGGCAGUGAUGCCAAUACGAAAGCGUAUUGUGUCGAUGCUGCAUUAGAAGAUGUGCCAAUACAAUUGAAUCCAGAGACCAAAUAUAUUAAUUUAACUUUAAAUAAAAUACGCAAUAUAGAAUUUACUUUACCCUUCUAUAUGAAAUUGGAAAUAUUGGAUUUAUCGCGUAACAUUAUCGAGACAUUGGGUUCGAAAAAUUUCGAAUAUCAAACUGAAAUGAGAACCUUAAAUUUGAGUCAUAAUUUGGUGAGUUCUCUGCAAAAGGAUGCCUUUAAAGGUUUAACCAAUUUACUAGUGUUGGAUCUGAGUUCCAAUCGCAUUGAUAUGGUGCAUCCUUCGGCCAUGUAUGAUUUAUCCUCACUGAUAGAAUUGGAUUUGACCAAUAAUAAUAUUGUUAGUUUGGAGGAUAAUACAUUUCGUAAUUUAAUGUCUUUGGAAAUUUUAAUUUUUAAAAAUAAUCAACUGCUGGAUGUGCCCGCCAAUAAUUUGCAACAUUUGCAUUCUUUAAAAUCAUUGGAUUUAUCUGAUAAUCUAGUGGAAUAUGUGCGCAAUGAUAGUUUUGAGGGUCUGAGGGAACUGGUGACUUUGACAGUAAGAGGAAAUGUUAUCAGUGAAUUGGAUUUAAGUGCUUUUGAGGGUUUAAUAACGCUGAAACAUAUGGAUUUGGCAGUUAACAAUUUAACGAUGGUGCCUACUCUACAACUCUCCAAAUUAUCAAAUCUAACACAUUUAACCUUAAGCGGUAAUCGUUUUACCUAUUUACCAGCGGUGGGCUUUUUAAAUCUAUUCCAUUUAAGGGAAUUACAUUUAAAUCGUUUAGAUUUUCUGCAACGCAUUGACUCAAGAGCUUUUGUAGACAACACCCACUUGCAAAUAUUGUAUCUAAACAAUAAUCCCUUACUCAGUGAUAUACCCAUGCGCAUGUUCCAGGGAAAUCCUAAUAUUGUAGAGGUCUACAUGCAGGCCAAUAGCUUACAAACCCUCUAUGCUGCUCAAUUCCCUAUCGAUCAAUUGGAAAAGCUUUAUUUGGGCGAUAAUCCGCUACAGUGUAAUUGUACACUCUUCUGGCUGUGGCGUUUGGUAACGGGCAAUUUUGAUAAUGGACAACAGGGUAAUGAAAUGAAACCGGAUAAUAUGAUGAUGUCCCAUGAUGCCGGCUCUGUGGCAGCUUUGGGAGCAGAUUUAAAUUCCGAAACAGAUGAUAAUCUAGUAAGAGUAGCGGCCUAUGUGGCCGAACGUAAAAAGGAUGUUAGUUCGAAAUUUAAAUAUACCAAUCCAGCGGCAACUAUGAAUAGUGGUUUUCUGAAAUUGGAUUCAGAACGUAUAGGCUGUGAAAUAUGGCAUGAUAGUAAGAGAACACGUAAACAUUUGGCAGCUAUGACAGAGGGAGAAAUCACCUGUCCCGCACAUGUGGUAACUAUAGUGUGUGCAGUGCUCACCUGUCUGCUGGUGGUAAUGACCGGAGCCAGUAUAGUAUUCUAUAUGAGAUUUGUGAAGCGUAGAAGGAAGUUAAUGCAUGAUCGUAGUUUACGUUCUGGCAAAUCAAUAGUAAAUGUACAUGAUCGUAUUUUACCGCAUCAACCUUUAAGUGCUCAAGCUAAUGGUGGCAUACCGGGGACACUAAUGAAUGGUUCAUAUCCCCAUCAUACUUUGCAAAGCCAAAGAUCAACACUACCCCAUCAUAAUAUGCAUCCGCUGCAUCAUCAGGACUAUCAUCAAACCAUGCCUCAGGUGGAUAAACUAGAGUUGGAGAGAUAUUUAACUGCCCAGGCUAUAGCUAAUGAAUAUAGAGCUUUAAAACCCUGGGAAUUGCCACCUGUCAAGGAUUCUAACACCUAUACCGAUGAACCUGAACAUUUAUAUGAGAAAUUCGAUCAUUAUGACUAUCCCGAUGCACAUACAAUGUCAAAGACCACAAAUGGUAAACAUUUAAUGAAUAAUCAAAAUAAACAUGCCUCAGCACAGCUUUUAAGCAGUAGUGGGGGCCUGAAUAACGGUAUUGGUAGUAUGGGUAGUAGUGUUGUUGGUGGUGGUGGUGGUGUUGGUACUCUUAAUAAACCUCAUAUAGUCUAUGUAUGAUAUAAUGGUAGAGAAAAGUUGAUCAUUGAUGAAGGAUCAGGAUCUACUAGUGAUACUGUGGCAUUAAGCAAUUGUUUAAAUAAUAAUUAUAAUACAAUGUGUAGUUAUAUUAAAUUAGUAUAAAAAUCGAAAAAAAAAACUUCUUAUUAAUACUAAAACUAUCAAAACAAAGUAUGUUAAACAUUUUGGUUGAAAGCAAAAAAACGGCCAGUUUAUUUAAAUUAUCAUAAAGAAAAACUCCACAAAAAAAAGAAAAAAAAAACUUCUAACAGUUUCUCCUUAACUACUUACCCGAUAUUAACUACUUAGUAACACAUUAUACAAACAAAAAACACAUACUCUUAUAUAAAUAAUUUAAUAACAUUAAUUAACUUGGCAAAAACAGGGAACUUAUUUAGCAUGAACAAGGAAAAAUAAAUGAAAUAAUAAACUUUGUAGUAAAAAGUAAAAACUGAAAACUUAAAACAACUUACAAAGUAUAGUAGAGGAUUUAUUUAAAAUAAAGUAAAUAAAUAUUUUCCAAAAAAAAA